AUGGCAGAAGCACGUAAAGCAGUCGAAGAGCUCGUCCGGCUCUCUAGCCGCGUCAUUCGCAUCCUUGGCCAGAACCCCGGCCCGUACACACUCGCAGGAACCAACACCUAUCUCAUCUCCACCCCUCCCACAGCCUCGACCAAACUCGCAUCCCGACCCUCCAUCCUAGUUGAUACGGGUGAAGGCAUUGACGCAUACAUUCCUCUGCUCGAGCGCGCGCUCAAAGGUGCCGUUGAUGGCAGCAGUGCCAAGCCAGAAAAGAGCCAGGAUGCUAUGGAGGAAGACGAGGAUGACCUCACAUCAUGGAUCUCAGAUAUCGUCUUGACGCACAAACAUCACGACCACAUUGGAGGACUGCCUUCUAUUCUUUCGCUUCUUUCAAAGUUGAGAGCUGAAGCAACGGUGACGCUGCCAGCUCCGAGGAUACACAAGUUUGCUGAUCCAGAAUCGGAUCCGGAUCUGGUCAAGAUGCUGCAUGGCCUACCGAAGGGUUCGUUCAUUCCAUAUGAUGCAGAGAAGGAAGGGAAUCAGUCGCCGCUGUGGCCAUUGCAAGAUGCGUCGGUGGUCAGUGUUGACGGUGAUGCUGGUGCCUCGUCUUCCCUGCAGGUGCUGUAUACACCGGGACACACUGCAGAUCACAUCUGCUUGCUGUUGAAGGAGGAAAAGACUUUGCUCACCGGUGACCACGUCCUUGGCCAAGGAACGACAGUAUUCGAAGACCUCACAGCAUACAUGUCCAGCUUGCGCAAGUGCUCUCGCGCUCUGGAAGAGCUCGGACCUUCCGUAGACGCAACAGUCGCAGGUGAAAACCUCCUCUACCCAGGCCACGGCCCCGUCGUCGAUCAAGGCCGCAAAACCCUCAAACAGUACCUCGACCACCGACUCGAGCGAGAAGCACAAAUCGUCGAGCUUCUCAAAACUCCACCCUCUUCCUCUGACUCCACCUGCUCUGCUUCAGCCUCAAGCUCUAGCAUCAAAGUCGGAGUACAAGAGUACAAGCUGGGCACACCAUGGAAAAUCAGGCAGAUGGUGUUGAAGCUGUAUUCGAAUUAUCCGGAGAACUUGUUCCCAGCAGCAGCUAGAGGUUUGUAUCUUCAUUUGAGAACUCUGAGCAGUCCAGAUGCGGAGAGGGGUCAGCGGUCCAGAGUGAGGUGUUUACAGACUACUUCAUUCGCAAGGAGAGGUUCGAAAGAGGCGAGACGGGAUGUUGGGAAUUGCCCACCGCUGCCGCAGAGCGAUCGCGAGUGGGUAGAGGCUAUGGAGUUGGAUUGGGCUUUUAUUGAAGGGCAGCAGAGUGAACAGGCUAACGGGUCGAAUCAUCAGCAUCUUUGA